AUGGAUCACUUGCUAAAAACGGGAAGUUUUAAAUGUACAAAAGAAAAUUAUGAAGGAAAUACGAAUGUUAGUGAUAAUUAUGCUGAAAAAUGCAGUGAUAUGGCUACAUCAGACAAUUUUGACGACAAAAUUGGUGAACCGUGUGAACCAUCUGUAGGUUUAUUCAAUGUAUCAGCUGCAAAGAAAACGAAAAAAGCCCGCAAAUAUUUUGAAGAAUAUCUUAAACCAGGAUUUUUGUGGACUGGCAAUGAGGUGGAGCCUGUUCCACUAUGUGUGAUUUGUUACGAGACUAUCACAAAUGAAAGUAUGAAACCAUCCAACCUAAAACGCCAUUUCGAUAGCAAACAUAAAGAAUACGAGGGAAAACCUGUAGAAUUCUUCGAAAAUAGGUGCAAAGAUCCCCAAAAGUCUGAGAAAACAAUUCAUAAUGUGAUGGGAGGUGAAAAUAUGAAAGCUUUGGAAGCUUCAUAUAGUGUGGCAUACUUAAUUGCAAAGUCCGGAGCUGCUAAAGUGAUUGGCGAGACAUUAGUAAAACCUGCAGCCAAAGUAAUGGUGCAAGUGAUGAUUGGAGACAAGGCUAGCAAAGCUAUAGAUCGUGUUCCCUUCUCAAAUAACACUUUUCAUCGUAGAAUCACAGAUAUGGCUGAAAAUGUAAAGCAGCAAUUAUUGUCAAGAGUACAAAAGAGUCGCUACUAUGCACUGCAAGGGGAUGAAUCCACUGAUUUUGUGAAUUUAUCUAAUCUUUUGUUUUUUGUCAGAUACGAGCUGAAUAAUGAAGUCCACGAUGAUAUUUUGUUAUGCCAACCUAUGCCAACACAUAUAACUGGAGAAGCUAUUUUUAAAGUUAUUGUUGACUUUAUCAAAAACAGUGACUUGGAUUGGAGUCGUUGUGUUGGAAUAAGCACGGAUGGUGCCAGAGCCAUGAUUGGUUUGAAGAAAGGAGUUGUUGCAUGUAUUCAAGCUGUUGCGCCAGAAGCAAAAUCGACUCAUUGUUGCAUUCACAGGGAAGCACUCGCCACCCAGAACAUGCAGGCAGAUUUAAAGCAAGUACAGGAUGAAGCUGUGAAAAUAAUCAAUUUUGUGAAAGGCCACCCUCUGAAUGCCCGGCUGUUUUCUCAGCUUUGUGAUCAGAUGGGCAGUGAUUACACACAACUCCUAUUUCACACUGAAGUGCGUUGGCUUUCGUGUGGAAAAGUUCUGAAUCGCCUGUUUGAGCUGCGAGAACUGCACGUUUUUUUAGAAGAAACUUUUAACCUGCGAGACCGUAUACACGACUGGAAAUGGCUAUGCAAACUAGCAUAUAUUGCAGAUACCUUUGCUCAUUUAAACAACCUCAAUCUAUCCUUGCAAGGGAAACUCAUAUCCAUAUUCCACGUUCAAGACAAAGUGAGCGGCAUGGUCGCAAAAUUGAAACAGUGGCAUAAACGUCUUAGUCGUCAUGAACUGGAUUCUUUUCCAUCUCUUCAUGACUUAGUAAUAAACUCGACGAACGAACUUGAUAGUGAUGAGUUGCAACCCAUGAAGCAGCAUUUGGAAAGCUUUCAGAAAGAUCUUCGUAAGUAUUUCCCUGAACCGGACAGCACCUUUGAAUGGAUAAGGAACCCUUUUAUCAUCAAUGUUCAAACAUUGCCAAAUAGCCUCUCUGCUUCAGAAGAAGAACAGCUCUUGGAGCUGCUUCAGAUAGCUUCCUGA